AUGGGUACCGGAAAGAAGGAGGCCGCACGUAAAGUGCGGCAGGGAAAGCCUGACGAUGGCAUGGGCAAUGUCACGACCAAAGGUGAAAACUUCUAUCGCACUGCGAAGCAGGCGAAGCACCUGAAAAUGUUCAAGGAUGGUAAACCUAGGCGCAACGCUGCUGGAGACAUCACUGUCUCUGCCUCUUUCCAAUCUCGCGAUGCUCCCGUCGGUCGCAUCGAGCCCAACCGUAAAUGGUUCGGUAACACCCGAGUGAUCUCACAAGAGGCACUCACUUCAUUCCGUGAGGCUGUCGCCGAGCGUGCCGCGGAUCCUUACCAGGUUCUUCUCAAGACCAACAAGCUGCCCAUGAGCUUAAUUCGGGACAAUGACAACGUGAACGGACUCAAGCAACAUCAGGCCAAGAUGGAGGUUGAGAACAACCCAUUCGCCGAUACUUUUGGACCCAAGGCUCAGCGCAAGCGUGUCAAGCUUGGUGUCGCUUCUCUGGAGGACCUCGCUGGCUCCACUGCCGACCUGCACAAAUCAUACAAUGACAAGAUGGACAACGGCACCAACGACGAUGGAACCCCCAUCGUUGCAAGUGAUGUUGGCUCAACUGUAGAGGUCUCUCUCACUACUGCCCGAGAGUCUGUAUUCUCCAAGGGUCAGAGUAAGCGUAUUUGGAACGAGCUUUACAAGGUCAUUGAUUCCUCCGAUGUGAUCAUUCACGUUCUGGAUGCCCGUGAUCCGGACGGUACUCGCUGCCGCAGCGUUGAGAAAUACGUUCACGACGAAGCUCCUCACAAGCAUCUCAUCUUUGUCUUGAACAAAUGUGAUCUCGUCCCAACCAAGAUUGCUGCUCAAUGGGUCCGUUACCUGUCCAAGGACUACCCAACUCUCGCAAUGCACGCCUCAAUCAACAACUCUUUCGGCAAGGGUUCUUUGAUCACACUGCUUCGACAGUUUUCAUCUCUGCACUCCGACCGUAAGCAGAUUUCCGUUGGUCUGAUUGGUUACCCCAACACGGGCAAGUCUUCCAUCAUCAACACCCUUCGUGCCAAGAAGGUCUGCACCGUUGCUCCCAUUCCCGGUGAAACCAAGGUGUGGCAGUACGUUACCCUCAUGAAGAGAAUUUACCUUAUCGACUGUCCUGGUGUGGUCCCUCCCAACCAGAAUGACACCGAGGAGGACAUUUUGCUUCGUGGUGUCUGCCGUGUGGAGAACGUCCACAACCCAGAACAGUACAUUCCCGCUGUUCUCCGUCGUGUCCAGCCCCAACAUCUGGAGCGCACCUAUUGCAUCAAGGCACCUUCUGAUGCCAUUGAUUUCCUCAGCCGCCUGGCUCGGAAGGGUGGUCGUCUACUGAAGGGUGGCGAGCCUGACCUGGAUGGUGUCGCAAAGAUGGCCGCUGCGACCGAGGGCGAGGAGGAGAAGGAGGCGCCGGUAAAGGAUGGCCGUGAAGGUCGUCUGGGUGAGAUGGGACGCAAGCGCAAGAUCAAUGAGAAGACCGACGAGCCCGCCGAGGACGCCGAGGCCUCUGAUUCUUCCGGACCCGAGUUUGAAGGCUUCAACGAAGGUGGCAACGAUAGUGACAACGACUCCAUUGCCAACCUGGAGAUCAGCGAUGUCGAGAGUGGUGAGGAGGAUUGA